AUGCCUUCAACGGUGUGGUACACCGCUGCAGCGGUUCUAUUCUUUGUUCCAACAUUUGCAGCAUCCGCGUCUUUUGGACCUGCUAGCGGCAUUCGGUCCAAUGCUGCAUCCCAACUCACAGGGUGCGAUAUCCUCAUCCGCGCUGGGCUCUCUGGCCAAAUUUUCUUUUCGAACGACACGGAGUACGCCGUCACCAUUCAGUCUUACUACUCUGGCGAUGUUCAAGACGUUCGACCUUCAUGUAUCCUCAAGCCCACGACUUCACAGCAGGUUUCGGACGCCAUCAAGUCACUUAACAGCGAAGCCUUGGGCUGUUGGACGGUGGCCAUACGUAGCGGUGGCCACUCACCAUUCCCGUCGAAUAAUGCUGCCAAUGGCGUUACCAUCGAUCUCGGUGGCGUCAAUUCCAUUAGCUAUAUGGAGAAUCCUGAUUCGCCGGGACACGGUGUCGCAGCGCUCGGCCCCGGUGGGCGCUGGAGUGAAGUCUACUCUGCCCUCGAGGAACAAGGGGUGAUGACAACGGGCGGACGCGAAGGUCAUGUUGGUGUGGGAGGGUUCUUGCUUGGCGGAGGCUUCUCAUGGUAUUCUGCGAAGUACGGCCUUUCCGCCGACAAUGUUUUGAACUACGAGGUGGUGCUCGCUAAUGGUAGUCUCAUUGAAGCGAACGCGACGGCGCAUGCGGACCUCUUCAAGGCUCUGAAAGGUGGCAUGAACAAUCUUGGUGUCGUGACAAGGUUCGACCUGCGAACUUUCCCUGCAAAUGACAUUUACGGUGGUAUCGUCGCAUUCGCAUAUACAGACAAGGAACCCGUCGUGAAAAGCUUCAUCACUAUGGUCAGAGAGAACGAGGAAAAUCCUGCCGAGAGCGGAUUUGUUUCCUUGUCAUGGGGUCCUGGGCGAGAUCCUUCAGUCGCCUUCAUUACCGCCAACGUUGAUGGCGUCAGCAAAUCGUCCUCCUUCGCCGGACUCGCGGACUUGGGGCCUCUUAUUGACACCAGAUCGGCGGUCCCGAACUCAGAAUUCGUCAAGCAGCUCCAAGGCACACUCGGUUUGUACAAUGUGUGGUUUACGCAGAGCUUCCACGCAACCAUGGAGAUGGGCAGGAAAGUUCUUGAAGUUUUCGAGGCUCUCAUCGCGGACCUGGAGGGAAAACUCGACGAGAAUGCCACGAUAAUAUUUGUGAUGACUCCCCUCUCAACCAACUAUGCUAACAACGGGCCUAAUAUCCUCGGAUUAAACGAAGAGCUGACAGAGCCAUCCGUCGUGCUUCAAGUCGAGUGCUUGCUUCCAACCCCAAAUGACGAGGCAUUGUUGACGGGAAAGUUUGAGGCAGUCAUAGAUGAGAUUUCUGAGCAUGCUGCAAGGACAGGACAAAGCACAAUCUUCAAGUACAUCAACUACGCACACCAGACACAGGACCCACUUCAGUCGUACGGAGGCGAUAAUCAGGACUUCUUGGAGAAGGUGGCUCAGACUUAUGACCCCAACGGCUUCUUCCAACAUCGGGUGUCAGGAGGGUUCAAAAUUUCCAAAAGCACUAGAGCCUGA